GCAGCGGCUCCAGCAGGGCGGCGCUCUCUCCGGCUGGGGUGUGUGGAGUGUGAGUGUGCGUCGCUCACUGAAGCGGAUGAAGGAGGACGGAGCCGAGGCGCUCGCAGCCCUGCAGCUCUGGAGGGCAGACAUACACCUCAUCGAGGGUAUGUUCGGCACAGGUAUCCUCUCCUACUUCUCCUUCCUGCGGUUUGUGGUUCUGCUGAACUUCGUCAUGUUCCUGCUGAUGUUUGUGUUCGUGAUGCUGCCGAUGAUCAUCUCAUCCCGCACCUCACACAACACCACCCACAGCAGCACCAACGUGAGCGAGUGCAGUGUGUAUCCGGACACGUCUCGUCAGGGUCUGGUGGUGUUUCACGAGCACAUCACAGACCUGCUGUCAGGAACGGGGUUUCUGGAGCGCACCUAUCUCUUCUACGGGUUCUAUAAGCCGCAGUUCAUCCAUCCGCGCUUCACCUACAACCUGCCGCUGGCGUACCUGCUGUCCACCAUCUGCUACCUGCUGCUGAGCCUCGUCUGGAUCGUCAAGAGGUCUGCCUCGGGCUUCAAGCGUAAGCUGGUUCAGGAUGAGGACCGCUUCCAGAGCUUCUGCAAUAAGGUGUUCGCCGGCUGGGACUCCUGCAUCACCAACGAGACGGCGGCGCGGCUGAAGCGGAGCAGCCUGCUGUACGAGCUCAAGACGGAUCUGGAGGAGGAGCGCAUCAAGCGUAAGAUGGCGAGCCGCACGCGCAGCGAGAGACUCCGCAUCUACACCCUGCGCAGCGCUCUCAACCUGUUCGUCAUCGCGGUGCUCGGGACCUGCUUCUACUGCAUCUACAGGGCCACGGUGUUCUCACAGCGCAAGCAGGCCGAGGCGCAGAAGAGCAUGUUCCUGCUGGAGCUGGUGGUGGAGUAUCUGCCGUCUAUCGUCAUCACACUCGCCAACUUCAUCACACCGCUCAUCUUCAACAUCAUCAUCGCCUUCGAGGACUACUCACCCGCCUUCGAGAUCCGCUUCACACUGAUGAGGUGUGUGUUCAUGCGUCUGGCCAGUAUCGGUGUCCUGCUCUUCUCUCUGUGGGUUCAGAUCACAUCCUGCAAACAACCAGAAGACUGUCAAUGCGGCUACAACCACCAGAUGUACCCGUGCUGGGAGACUCAUGUUGGUCAGGAGAUGUACAAGCUGGUGAUCUUUGACCUGCUGAUCGUCGCUGCCGUCACCGUCUUCGUGGAGUUCCCCAGAAAGAUGGUGGUCCAGCACUGGCGCUGUGGAGUGACCCAGUGGUUGGGUCAGCAGGAGUUCUCGGUGCCGCAGAAUGUUCUGGAGAUGGUGUACGGGCAGACCAUCUGCUGGAUCGGGACCUUCUACGCCCCCCUGCUGCCCGCCAUCAACACCGUCAAAUACGUGCUGGUGUUUUACCUCAAGAAGGUGUCUCUGGUCACUAACUGUCGUCCCUCCACCCGGCCGUUCCGUGCCUCCAGCUCCACCUUCUUCUUCCUGGCGGUGCUGCUGAUCGGGCUGGCGCUCGCCUGUGUCCCUGUGAUCGUCAGCAUCGCAGAGAUCCCGGCGUCGCGCGCCUGUGGGCCGUUCGUCAGCUUCCCCUCCUCCUGGAUGGUGUUCCCGCAGGCGAUCUCGCAGCUGCACCCCGGCCUGCACUCCUUCCUGCUGGCGCUCGCAUCUGAGGCCUGCGCAGUGUCAUUCUUCGUCAUCACCUGUCUGGGCAUGUUCUAUGUGAUCGCUCUAGCCAGGGCUCAUAAGCGUGUGAUCGAGCAGCUCCGGGAUCAGCUGGCCAUGGAGGGUCGUGAUAAGCGUUUCCUCAUCCAGAAGCUGUGUCAGGCUCAGCAGGUGUGUGUUCGCUCACCGCAGCGCUUUGGAGGAAAGCGGCGCAACGCAGGAGUAUGUGUGCUGGAGCCGCCGCUGCUGGAGACGCAGGCCUGACGGACAGACCACACACACACACACACAUUUGUUUUUGUGAAUUGUGGGGACAUUUAAUAGGUUUUCGUUGUUUUUCUACUGUUUUGUGUGUCUGCGUCACCCCACCGUCCCCCUAACCCGACCCCCACAGCACUCUGAGGACGGCUUCACUCUCUCACUCAUCCGUCAGCGCUGCUCAUCACUCACCACCUGCUGCUGUCAUACCUGCGUCAUUAUACACACACACACACACACACCACACCACACACACACAUCAUCAUCAUCAUCAUCAUCAUGAACACACACAUCAUUAUAAACACAUCACUUUAUAGACGUGUGUGUGUGUUCGUGUGUGUGUGUCUGUGUAAAUGCUCGGUGCUCUGCUGCUGCUGGUGUGUAUGGAGUGUGUUCUGUUUUACUGUGUGUGUAACAAACCCUCAUGAGGAUACAGAUCAGCAUGAUCUCCUUCAGCGAGUCUACAUUCUGUGAACGUUCUCCAUCUCUGUUAUUAAUCAAUAUUAAUGUUUGUUGAUCAGAAAUAUUGAUGCAGCAGAGUGUGUGUUCAGACAUGUGUGUCUAAGGUGAAUAAACCGUUUGUGUGUGAAAAACA